GCUAAAACAUGGUUUCGUCGGGACUAUCUGUUGUACGUCAUUAGCCCAGAGAAAUAGGAAAGCGUCCCCGGGCGAAUCGGGUGGGGAACGCACAAACCGCGGAUCAUCGUACGGCAGCUUUGCACACUCCCUCCAAUUAGAGCAACAUUUCGCGAUGACUCUUUUUAAAGGUGCGAGUGUUCAGUACUUGUUAAUGAAGGGCACAUUCUCCUCUCACCCAACCUGACUUUCAAACACUCCCAGUAACAACAUUACUCCUGCAAGAACCUGUAAACAUCUGUCGGCCUAUCAAGUCUAUCAAGAUGGACGUUCCAGGCUACGCUCUUGUCACAGGUGCAGGUUCACCUUUCGGUAUAGGCACUGCCUGCGCAAUAGCCUUCGCGCAGGAAGGAGCAGCCGGCGUUGCGAUCCUCGACAUCAACGGCGAGGGUCUUGAAGCCACAAAGGCCGAAAUCGCCAAAGUUCACCGAAACAGCCCAUGCAAGGUCUUGACAUACGCACUCAAUAUCGCCGACGAAGCAGAGGUGACGCGCGCCGUCAACGACGCCGCGGGAAAGUUUGGCCGGCUUGAUUACGUAGUCAACGCGGCUGGCAUCGCCAUCAAGCACGCCGGCGGCACUGCGUACGCAAAGACGGACGACUGGAAAAGAGUACUCGAUAUCAAUCUGAACGGGACAUUCUACGUUUUGCGUGCCGCGGCAGCGAUCAUGCUGGAUCAGGAGCCCAUUGUAUCCAGCAUUGAUGGUCGGCCGCUUCAGCGCGGGUCCAUCGUGAAUUUCAGCUCGAUACAGGGCGUGGUGGGCAUCACGCUAUCGACAGCGUAUACCACGGCCAAGCAUGCUGUUAUUGGGCUCACUCGAACGGCGUCGGAAGAUUAUGCGCAUAGAGGAUUGAGGGUCAAUGCAAUCUGCCCUGGCUACACGGAGACGCCGAUGACAACGAAGAAUCCAGAGGUGUUGAAGGCAAUGGAAGAACGCGUCGAGAGCGCGGUGCCGAUGAAGAGAAUGGGUGCGCCGAAGGAGAUUGCGGAUGGCGUGCUGUAUCUUGCGGGUGGAAGGAGUAGCUUUGUCACGGGAAGUGCAUUAAUGGUUGACGGCGGAUACACGUCGAGAUAACUGAGCGCUACAGGAGGGCGGCACGUUAAGCUAACGCAUAGCAUCGGUGCGGCGUACCCAACAGGUCGUCUAUGAGAAUGACGGGUUAGGGUUAGGGUGAUUAAUAAGUAGUUACAGCUUAACUGCACUCACGAAGUGCACAAAAUUAGCAUCACAUCCUUGUGCGACUUUGUGCCUCAAAUGCUGCACUGGAUCCUUCACAGCUAGUUCGAAUCUACGCUCUAAUUCUCCUUCCCGGAAGUUGGUGCAGCCGCGAUUCUGGAAUGACGCAUCACAUUGGAGCUCGUCGGUGCCAUCACCUGUGUCCACAGCAAGGCCUGCGUGCAUCGCGUUCUAAAGCUCGAGGACAUCCUGCUGGACAAGCACGGCGACGUCAAGCCGUGCGACCUUGGCCUCACGC